AUGGAUUUUUUUGAACCUUUGUUAAAUCAAGCAAAAAAAUUGGAAAUGCAUCAAGUCGAGGAUGAUUUCCAACCAAAAAUUGAAUUGUUUCCAAGUGAUCAGAGUCCUGUGUACGAGACGGUCGAUAUACUUCCAAAACCAGGAAUAGUAUUAAAAACAUUGGUUAAAGCCUCUAUAGAAGCAAAUAAAUAUCCAUCAGAUAUGAAAUUUUUUAUAAAUAUAUCCACUGCAUUCAUUGAUUAUAAUGACAAGUAUCAAUUAUAUGGUGCCGGUUCAGGUUCUAAUGCAAGCCUUGCUUUAUGUUCCAAUGACGAAGAGGUUGAAGAACAACUCCUUAAAAAAAUUAGAAAACCUAAUUUUGUAUGGGCACAUUUUCGUGAUCUUGAAACAAUUGAUCCAAAUGAAUAUCAAAAUGGCUUAAAAAAUAUCAGUAAUAGAAUAGAUAGAUUAUAUAAUCAAAUACCAACAAACAGUGUUCUAAUGGUCAUUGGUGAACCAAAAAUAAAAAACGAACAUGGAAUCGCUUUUAUUAGAGUUAAAAACUAA